UCUCCUUUUCAUGCCCAACGAGGCGAUAGUGUACUCUGGACCCUACGAAGUCGGACGACUUCGCCGUCGUAGGGAUCAACGGGUGGCGGAGUACCGCUUUAGGCGCUCUCUGCGCACCCGAAUCGCCAUGCCCGAGAUGACCCGGUGCCGCAUCGCCAAGCUGGUGCUCUACUUCGUCAUCUUCUUCGUGCUGCUGGCAUCCUUCACCUGCGGACUGGGCGUCCUGGUGAUGACUUACCACGUGCCAAAGGAUCGGCCGGGGUGCAAGAAGUUCCCCGGACUGUGCACGGUGCCUGGAAAGUGGCGGGGCGACGAGAAGCGAAUCAUUUGGAGCCACUCGAACCAGAAGCAGCUGGGCUCUAUCCGCAGGCAGAUGGCGCGAAUGGUGGAUCGCUAUGGCCUCGAGGGCCAGAGGCGCCUGAUGGCCUGCAACCUGGACGACACCUGGGGCUAUGCCUCCGGGAAGCCCUGCGUCCUGCUGAAGCUCACCCAGGCCCUGGGCUUCGAGGCGAUCACCUAUGACGACGGCAUGACGCUGCCCGAUCACGCCCCGGAUGAACUGUACUUCUACGUGGCCAAACUGGGCAUGGAGGCGCGGAUCAACCGCAUCUGGGUGGAGUGCCAGUACAAGAAGGAGGAGGAUUUGGAUAUUCAAAUUGAGUACGUGCCGGAUCGCUACUUCGACGCCGAGUACCUAUUCACCAGAAUGAAUGUCUUUCUGAAUGACGACGAGAACGGCACUUACACGGAGGAUCCCAGCCUGAGACGAAUCAUCGGCGUCCAGUUCAGCAACAUACCGCCCAACCGAAACGUCAUGGUUCGGUGCCGCGUGUGGGCCAAGAACAUCCCACUCUACAUGGGAACAGUCCGGUUUCUGUUUCGUCGUACGGCGCCUGUUAACCCCACCACUCCAUUGUUACUGGAUGAGUGGUACGAAUGAGCAAUUCUAAGUGCAUUGAUUCUAUGUUUCGAGUUACCGAUUUGUCAAUAAAC